UGCUAUCUUUAUUUUUAUAUUUUAAGGUUGUGCUAAUCUUUGGCAUUUGUGGCGCUACAAGAUGUGAUGAAUUGAAAGAACUCCAAGUUGCUGACGUUGAAGACCUUGCUGAAUAUUUGGAGUUGACUGACCCACACCGUUACACUGGACACUGCUUCCGCAGAACAUCAGCUACAUUGAUAUCAAGCUCUGGAGCGAACAUUACAAUGCUGAAGCAAUUGGGAGGAUGGAAAUCAUCUAGUAUAGCAGAAGGAUAUAUUGAAAACUCCUUGCUGAACAGACAAAAAAUCUUCGACAAGAUCACUCAUGCAGCUAAAGCUAAUACUCAAUUAAACCCUCAACCAUCUGCGAGUGGGACCGAUACAACUAAACCCAGAAGCUCUGAUCAGAAACAAGAAUCUUUACCAAUGGAACUCGAAAGUGAUAAUUUUUUUGACGACUUUGACUUGGAUGAUGACACUUUAGCAGCAAUUGAUAAGUCAUUUGCAUCAGAAAAACCAAAAUCAUCACUGCCUUCGUUUACCACAGGAAACAAUGAAGAAAUAAUUAUAACUUCUAACCUUGAAACGGUUCAACCUUGUCAUUUUUUAAAAAAACCCCCAAUCUCGGUUUUUUCUCAUGGAAAAGAAAAUCAACCACCAGAGAAAAGAUUUAAGGUCCAGCAAUUAAAUAAUGCAAACAAUAAUGUAAAAGCCGUAUUCACAUCUACUAACUUUGUAACAAAUCAACAAAAAUCAGAGUCGACGUUUUCUAAAAAUGAAACUAAAAAACUGACAUCAGAAACUACAUCAACAAAUUUCAAAACAAAUGAAAUGGUACCAGAGUCUACAUCGGUGGAAAAAAUUACAAGCAAAAAUCCAAACGUGAAAUACGAAAACUGUGUUUUUCACGGAAAUAUAAUAAAUAAUUUUUAUUUUUCAAAUGGUAAAACUCCUGAGGAAAAUGUGUAAUACACUAAAAAUGUUUACUAUAAAAGAUUCAAGAUUUCAAUAUUACUGUUUAAUUAUAAUACAUGCAAUGUAUUUAAAUUUAUAAUUAUUUAAA